GCAUAUAUAUAGUACUCCACAUGGUUGUAUGAGAUGAAUCAUGAGUAUUUCUUUUUUGAAACAUAAAGCUGACAAGAAUUUUUUAGCAAAAAAAAAAAAAACACAUCAAGUCCACCUCUUCCGAUUUUCACUAGGGUUCUCUUUUUUUUUUUUUUUUGGUGAAUUGUUAGUGGUUUCUGUUUUUUUUUGUUGGUGCUAGAGAAACAGUGUCAAAGUUGGUUCUUGGAGAAGUGAAUUGCUAUUAGUUUGGAUUCUUGAUUUUGGAUUCUUUUUUCUUGCUUGAUUUUGUACUCAAAGCAAUUCAACAAACUUUUUGAGUUUUGGAGGUACUUUUCAAGAAUUUGACUUUCAGAUACUUAUGAGUGGUUCAGAUAUAGAAAGAAUCUGUUAAUUUCGAGAUGAUUACUUUUAUGGAUUCAAAGGACAAAGUAAUGGAAGAAGCGAACUUGUUAGAUUCUCAAUUGUGGCAUGCCUGUGCUGGUACUAUGGUGAAAAUGCCCGCAAUUGAUUCGAUAGUGUUCUACUUUCCUCAGGGACACGCAGAGCACGCGUGUGGAAAUGUAGAAUUUAGGAAUGACAUUAGGAUUCCAUCAUACAUUCCUUGUAGAGUCACGGGUAUUAAAUACAUGGCAGAACAAGAAACCGACGAGAUUUUUGCCAAGAUUAGGUUGACACCUAUUAGUCAUAAUGAAGUCGAAAUUGCUGACGAUGGGAUGGUUGCGAAAAUCGGGUCGGAUAAUCCGCAUAAACCCCCUUCAUUUGCUAAGACAUUGACUCAAUCAGAUGCGAAUAACGGUGGGGGUUUUUCUGUCCCGAGGUAUUGUGCAGAUACAAUUUUCCCUCUCUUGGACUACGAUGCAGAUCCUCCUGUUCAGACCCUCAUAGCGAAGGAUGUUCAUGGGAAGACAUGGGAAUUCAGACAUAUUUUCAGAGGGACACCAAAGCGUCAUCUUUUAACGACCGGUUGGAGUAAUUUUGUGAAUGCAAAAAAGCUCGUUGCAGGUGAUUCAAUUGUGUUCCUAAGGGCUGAAAAUGAGGACGUUUGUGUAGGCAUCCGCCGGGUAAAGAAGGGAAUUACAAGUGGUGGGUUUCCACCUGGUUGGAUACCAUAUGAGAAUAAAUUGAUGAGAUAUGGGAAUACGAACUUGAACGAGAACUUGAUGAACAGGAGAAAAGUGAAGGCAGAAUCAGUUAUUGAAGCUGCAAAUCUUGCAGCUAUCGGAAAGCCCUUUGAAGUUACCUUCUAUCCCAGUGCUAGCACUCCGGAGUUCUUUGUGAAUGCGUCGCGUGUGAAGGCAGCAUUGCAGAUCCCUUGGUGCUCGGGGAUGAGGUUCAAGAUGCCCUUUGAAACCGAAGACUCAAUGUUGAGCUGGUUCAUGGGAACUAUAUGUUCUGUUCAAGCUGCUGAUCCCACUCGAUGGCCAGAUUCGCCCUGGAGGAUUCUUCAGGUGACAUGGGACGAGCCAGAAUUGCUUCAAAAUUUGAAAUGUGUCAACCCAUGGCUUGUGGAAUUAGUCUCAAACAUGCCCGCAAUCCACUUUUCUCCCUACCAGCCUUCACUAAAGAGACUUCGAUUACCUCAAGAUUCAUAUUUUCCUUUUAAUGGUCAUCUUACUAUGUCAGGUUUUCGUGGCAACCGCCUUUUGAGGCCCAAUGGCCCCUUUGGUUGUCUUCCUAACGACACCCCUGUCGGCAUGCAGGGAGCCAGGCAUGCUCAAUAUGGUUUAUCAUUACCGGAUCUCCACCCCAAUCAGUUGCACUCAAGUCUGUUUUCUCUUGGUUUUCCUCCACAUGAUCAUGCAGCUACAACCUCUACCCCCUCUAAUAGUACAAUGAUUCCCAAGCCAAGUAACAACCAUCAUAUGUCUUGUUUGCUAACCCUUGGAAGUUCCACCCAAACUGUGGUGAAAUCUGACUGUGAGAAAGCACCACAGCUCGUACUCUUUGGUCAACCCAUAGUUAUUGAUAAUCAGAUCUCUCUAAGCAGCCCAGGGGAUACGAUUUCUCCUGAUCGUGCAGGGAAUAGUUCUUCCGAUGAGAAUGCAUGUAAAAAAGGGAACAUAUCUGAUGAAUCGGUUAUGACAUUUGAUCACCGCAGCCUACCAGACUGCUUACCAUGUGAAUCAUUUCAAUCAAAGCAUACUGUGGAGAUUGAACACUGUGAAGUUUUCAUAGAAUCAGAAGAUGUAGGAAAAACAUUGGAUUUAUCAUUGUUGGGAUCAUACGACGAGUUGCACACGGAGUUGUCCAAUAUGUCAGGCAUUGAAAUUUUAGAGAUGCUUAAUCAAGUCAUUUAUGAAGAUGUCACUGGUGCAGUGAAGCAACUUAGUGAUGAACCAUUUAGUGACUUCGCGAAAAUAGCACGGAGGUUAACAAUUUUAAGGGAUGCAAGCAAUGAUAAUAUAGGAGCUAGGGAGUAGAGACAUCUCCUUUUUCAUAUCAAACUGUAUAGCUGAUGAUUGUGAGCGCUAUUUUGCAACUUUUCAGUCUAAAUCUCCUUAUGUUGGUCACAUUAUAUUUACUAGGUUUCACGAUUAUUUUACGUUUUGUUUUCAGACAAUACCUAGAACAAACAUGAUAUGUGCUUUUUGUAGGCUGUCUGCUCAUUCUAGAGUUGUUGAUGAAGCCUUUUAAGAAGAGGCUGCUUUUAGCGUGUUUGUUACUUGAUGGUGGAAUUGUUUGUAUAUGGUUUUCAGUGUAGUGCAUUUAGUGCUUUAUGUACAAUUUAAAAUUUGAGAAACAUAAACUACCAUGUUGGCUUUGACUCUU